CUAAUUCUUGUGUAAAAAAAACUAAUUAGCUUAAAAAAUGGGUUUGGAAAUGUUUUUUAAGUUCGGCUAUGCCUAUUUGAUAGUGACGCUAGCGAUAAUGAUAUGGCUAUCUUUGGCACGUGCAUCCAUAUAUAAUCGUGAAAUGGAGGAAAUGCGUUAUCCACCUUGCACCUUCAAUGCUUUAUGUACAUGUUCAAAGUCUUCAACUGAUUUAGGUAUUGUGCAUUGCAAAAAUGUUCCUUUCCCAGCAUUACCGAGAAUGGUUAACCAAUCGAAGGUCUUUAUGUUACACAUGGAAAAUACAGGCUUGAGAGAAAUUGAACCGUAUUUCCUACAGUCAACAGGAAUGUAUCGUUUAAAAAUAUUUGGCAAUCAUUUGACUGAAAUACCUGAUGAUGCAUUUACGGGACUGGAACGUUCAUUGUGGGAGCUUAUAUUACCAGAAAAUGAUUUAGUGGAAAUACCAUCUAAAGCAUUUCGACAUUUGCAAAAGUUACGCCACUUGGAUUUAGGUUAUAAUCAUAUAACACAUGUGCAACACGAUUCCUUCCGAGGUUUAGAAGACUCACUGCAGACAUUAAUAUUACGUGAUAAUUGUAUAUCAACAUUACAAUCGCAUAGUUUCUCUGGACUGUUGAUUUUGGAGAUAUUAGAUUUGAGUGGCAACAAUCUAUUUGAAAUUGAUCCUAAUGUCUUUGUGGAUGGUAUGCCAAGAUUGACAAAACUCUUAUUAACUGAUAAUAUAUUAUCGGAGAUACCGUACGAUGCAUUGGGACCUUUGAAAAGUUUGCGUACUUUAGAUAUAUCACACAAUGUUAUAUGGUCCCUAAGUGGUAAUGAAACCUAUGAUAUUAAAUCCUCCACAAAGUUAAAUUUGGACAAUUUACAUUUGGAAUAUAAUCAUAUUGAUAUGUUGCCACCAAAUUCGUUCAAAAACUUUGAUGUGGUGAAUAGAACGUUCUUCGAUGGAAAUCCAAUACAUACGUUAAGGGAAGAUGCUUUUAAAGCGGCCAAAAUACGUGAGAUUUACAUGCGUUACUGUGGUCUAACAAAUAUAUCACCGGUGGCUUUUGACAGUUUGGUUAAUAGCUUGCAAAUCCUGGACCUAUCUGGCAAUAAUUUGACACACAUCGAUCACAAGCUCUUCAAUAAAUUUGAUGUCUUAAGAGUAAUAAGCAUGCGUGAUAAUAAAAUCAAAAUCAAACAGCCCAUGGAGCAAUUUAAUGCGAUGCAAUACACGCUACUUAAAUUGGAUUUAAGUGGCGAUAUGAAUGACCCAACCAAUCUGCAAACGCUGCGCAAUAUGACCAGAAUGAGGAACAUGCGCUCUUUGUCCAUAUCACGUAUGGGGCCAACAUCUAUUGGACCAGAAGAUUUUAAGGAUUUCGGUGUAGAAUUGGAAGAUUUGCAAAUAACACGGGCUAGCCUUUCGAAUAUACAAUCGCAUGCCUUUAAACAUGUGCGAGGUUUGAAGCGUUUGGAUUUUAGCGAGAAUGGUAUACAAUCGAUUGAAAAUGAUGCAUUCGUAGAGAUUGGUCAUUCUUUGAUAUCACUGAAAAUAUCACAUGGUUUUUCUGGUACUGCCUUGCCAGCUGAGCCCAUGCGUCAUCUAACUUCUUUACAAGAACUGGAUUUCAGUAACAAUAAAAUACAAAGUAUGAGCGAUACAAGCUUUCAUUUUCUAAAAAAUUUACGUUUACUGGAAUUGCAUGAUAAUCGCAUUGAACAAGUGUUAAAAGGUACAUUCCAGGGGGAUAUACAUUCUAAAUUGGAGGAAAUAUCGUUUCGCUUUAAUCACAUGACGCAAGUAUCUCAACACACAUUCUUUGACUUGGAGGCUUUGCGUAAAUUGCAUUUGGAUGAUAAUAAGAUUGAUAGAGUAGAGCGAAGAGCUUUCAUGAAUUUAGAUGAAUUAGAACAUUUGAGUUUACGAGGAAAUAAACUCAACAAUCUGGCUGAGGAAUCUUUUCAGAAUUUGCCUAAAUUGGAGAUUCUGGACUUGGCAUUCAAUAAGCUUCCAAAUUUUAAUUUUGACUAUUUUGAUCAGGUCGGCACACUUUCAAAUCUCAACGUAAAUGUCAGUCAUAAUGAAAUUAAAAUGCUUAUGUAUAAUUCUUCAUGGUCUGGAAGAAAUGAUCAUGGCUCGAUGUACCAUUCAAAUAUCAAGAUAUUGGAUCUAUCACACAAUAACAUAUCGAUCAUACAUCCAGGAUAUUUUAGGCCUGCAGAAAUAUCACUGACGCAUUUGCACAUGGGCUAUAAUUCGUUAAUGAAUGCGACACGCGAUGUUUUCGGUAAUAUGCCACACCUGCAAUGGCUAGAUAUAUCAUAUAAUAUAAUUCGUGAAUUGGAUUUCGAUGCGUUUAAAAACACAAAACAAUUACAAUUAGUUUACCUGUCACACAACUAUUUAACCGACAUACCACAAGAUAUUUUUAAGCCCGUACAAGGAUUACGUGUAAUCGAUUUAUCCCAUAACCACUUACGUGGUCUACCUGAUAAUUUAUUCUAUAAUGGUGGCAUGGAAAAAAUGGACGUUUCGCAUAAUAUGCUGUUGAAGAUACCAUCAUCAUCUCUAUCCAGUUUGGCAGCGCUUACCUUAUGUGAAUUGCAUUUAUCAAAUAAUUUCAUCUCAACUAUACACAGCAUGGAUUUAUCUAAUAAGUUCAGAUCCCUACGCUAUUUGGAUAUAUCCUACAACUAUUUGUUACGUAUUGAUGAUGCCGUUUUUGCUACCAUGCCCAAAUUAGCAGUGCUCGAUCUUUCACAUAAUCGAGAUCUUAAAGUAAUGGAUAAAUCUUUUAUGGGCUUAGAAAAUUCUUUGAUAAAAUUAGGUUUGGAAAAUGUUUCAUUAAGUACAGUACCUGAAAUACGUUUGAAAUAUUUGCGUGAAUUCCGGUUGGGAUAUAAUGAACUUCCUUCGAUACCACAAGAACUUGCACAUAAUAUGAGUAAUUUACGUAUGUUGGAUCUAUCGAAUAACGAUUUAACAAAUGUGCCACUUAUGACGCAAUCUUUACCACAUUUAAGAAAAUUGAUGCUCUCCGGUAAUCCCAUAACAUCACUUAACAAUAAUAGUUUUGAUGGUGUAAAUGAAGAUUUAGAAAUGUUGGAUAUAUCUAAUUUCCGUCUACAUUACUUUGAAUAUGGAUGUCUUGAUUCGUUGCCACAUUUACGUUCACUUAAAUUAACCGCAUAUUCACACUUGGAGCACUUUAAUAUACCACAACUAUUGCGUCAUCAUUACAACAUAAGACAAUUAUGGAUCGAAGCACCACAACCAUUCACACGAAUUAUCAAGAAAGGCUCUGGAAACACACAAGAAAUGCAAAGCGUACAAAUGGGCAUGCCUACCGAUUUAACCAGAGAAAUGGAAGGUCACUUGCCAUCAAAGUUAACUAAUAUCACAUUUAGUGGACCACAAUUCAGUAGUCUCAAUGAACGUAUAUUGAAGGGCAUGCGUUCACCAUAUUUAUAUAUGCAAUUAUUUAAUACAUCCUUGCAAGCUUUGCCUAAUAAUUUCUUCAAGAAUUUGGGACGUGUGCGUAAUAUUUCAUUGGACAUCCGUUAUAAUAAUCGUAUGCUGAAGAAAAUACCAAAUCCCAAUACUGGACGUGUACCAUAUUUACCAAAUAGUGUUUUCCUAACAGAUCUGAAAAUGUCAAAUACCGAUUUAAAUUGUGAUUGUGACUUAGGUUGGGUCGAAUUCUGGCAGCGUAAACGUCGUCAAUAUAUAUGCUCAUCUCAAACUUGGACCGAUACUGUAUUUAGAACAUUUAUGAAUUCACCAUGCCAGGUUUAUGGGCGUCAUAAUUGUGAUGAUCAUGAUGAUGACUUACGUGAAACGCGUUGUGAUAAUAAAGGUGGUUUACAAUUAUUGGAGGCUCUGAAAGCUGAUUUAGAAUGCGGAUGGGAUAACGCAAGCUGCAAGGACUCCGUUCUUGUCUUAAUAGCUGCUUGUAUUAUAUUAAUAUUUUGGAUGUGACUGUUACGGUUUGCCUACAAAACAUCUGCCAAAUUCUAUGAUAUUUUGGAGAAGGUCUAUGGCGAGACUGUUGUUUGAGUAAAGCGAAACAAAGUAGUUUGCAGAUUUUCAUAUAAUAAGCGUUUAUUACAAAUAACAACAUUAAUUUUUAAGAAAAUUUUCAAUUUAAU